GUGCCUCUGGGUCUGGCAAGCGAUCAAGUGGUGUCUAUCCGGGACUUUUGUUCUGCAUGCAUCAGCAAUUCGGGCUCAAAUCUAGCAGCUUUUGCCUUCAGCUUGGAAGUAACCAGGAUGAAGUUCUUGAAGGCAGUCGCGGUUCUGGGCUUCGGCGUUGCAGCAGCUCAGGAUGAUGCAUGCCAUUCAUCGCACAAGGCCAAGGCAGACUGCGAUGCUGAUGCCAAGUGCACGUGGUGCGAGGCAUCGGCAGUUCCGAGUGCAUGCUACACCAAGGAGAAUGCCGCAAAGCUUCCCCCGGCUGUCUUCACUUGCGCCACCCAUGGACGCCGUCAUCCCUCCGAGUUGCUUCCACGUGCCGAGGUGGAGAAGCUGGGGGUUGCGUGGUGUGGCAACGCGACGCAUCGAAGCUCCCACGAGCUGCUUGACGCAGCCGAGUACCCCUCGGAUUUCAGCUGGUGCAACAAAGAUGGCAAGAGCUACUGCACUAUGUCUCGGAAUCAGCAUAUUCCGCAGUACUGUGGCUCCUGCUGGGCACAUGGAGCAAUCUCGGCUCUUGGUGACCGCAUCAAAAUCGCGCGCAACGCGCAAGGAAUUGACAUCAACCUCGCCGUUCAGCACUUGCUGAAUUGCGGCGGUGUGGGAACCUGCAAGGGGGGCAGUGUCGACGGCCCGUACCAAUGGCUCAUGGAAAUCUCCAAGAAGGGCACUGGAAUCAGCUACGAGACAGCGAACCCUUACGUCGCUUGCAGCUCUGACUCCGACGAGGGCUUCUGCAAGCAUGUCGACACCUCCUGCAAGGCGCUCAAUGUGGCCCGCACCUGCGGCAGCUUCUCGCAGGAGGGAGGGCCAUGCACCGGCCUUGGUGAGUUUCCCAACGCGACGAUUUCAGACUAUGGCUCCAUCUCUGGCGCUGAUGCCAUGAUGAAGGAGAUCUUUCACCGUGGUCCAAUCUCAUGUGGUGUCGAUGCCAAUCCCCUGCUGAACUACGAGUCUGGCAUUAUCAAGACGAAGGGUGAGGGUGUCGAUCAUGUGGUGUCUGUGGUUGGCUGGGGAACCGAUUCGGAGGAUGGCAUGUACUGGAUCGUCAGGAACUCUUGGGGAGAAUAUUGGGGAGAAAUGGGCUAUUUCAGGGUGGCAAAAGGUGCGCUGCUCCUCGAGGAGCUGUUUGCCGUGGCAGUUCUGCAGUUUCAGUCAUCUGUGUUUCCUUUGGGAAUUUGCCGGCAUUUACCACUUGUCGGUCCUCUUGCAAUCGCUCACUCGCUUGCUCGCUCGUGUGUUCAUGUGUUCUUUAGUGCGGCCCCGAAAGUGCGAGCACGUGUUUUGAGGGUGCCUCCAAGCAUCCUCUGCAAGCCGAAUCAAUCGUGCGGACAGUUGAGUAUUAGCAAGGGCACUGGCUUAGUACACGCUGAACACCUGUUCCGUAUCCAGUCUCCGGGAUCCAAGAUAUGGAAUCCGAAGAAUUGGAGAUCGCUGUGUACUUUACAAACGGUACGGUGGACCAAGUUUGAGACAAGACAGCACAAACACACAGCAAAGUUGUGCAACAUGAAUCAAUGCUGGGACGGGAUUCUUGAGCAUAUGCCUGAAACUGCAUCUUUAGAUGUGAGAAUGACCUGA